AUGGCGGACUUUACACUUGUGCCCAGUGGGCAUGGCACCAAUUACACUGGCAUGCUGACGAGGAGCAUCGUCUUCUCGGGAGCUCUCUUCGUCUUUCUUGCAGCGUCGGGAAUGACAAUAGCAUCAAUCGCCAUCCCUGACUGGAUAGCGUUCGAUGGGAGUACGAAUCACGGAACUUCGAUCCGCUACAGCUACGGACUACAUCGAAGAUGUUCGAACACGAACCUGCCCCCCUCAAAUAUCUCACACACUACUGCAUCGAGCUGGCAUUGCACGCAAUUCCCCCGUUAUGAAGACUGCCGCGGUGACGACCGAUACUUCUGCAGCAUGUGGAGAUCAGUGGGCUUUUUAAUGUCCUUUGCAGUGGUGCUGGAGGGCAUGACCCUUGCCGCAUUUGCAGUCCUGCUUGUGGGUGGGAAGCAGAAAAGAGAACAAGGGUGGGGCGUCCUCACAAUACUGGUGGCAUUGGCAGCAUUUGUCCAGGCCAUUGGAAUGGCGUUGAUGGCAUAUUUGUACGAGAAUGAUGAGCGAUUUUUCUCUGGCUGGUAUCUCGACAAGAGUUGGACCAUGUGUACAGUUUCCUGGAGUUUUGAAGCAUUGUGUGCGGUUGCCAUUACGCUGGCGGCAGUGACGCUGCCAAGUGAAGGAGGAUACGAAUUAAUUCCAGAUCACGGCUAA